AUAAUUAUUCGUGCGUUGUUAGCAUAAAACUUCACCGCAGAAAUCGAACAUGUUCGCUUACGCGAUCCUGUUAGAGAAUCUUUUACUGUAUGGUGUCUUUUGUUCGUCGGCGAAAGGUCUUAGUAGAGUUCCUGUGCGAAUUCACCAAAGAGUGUCUCUACACAUCCCAUCGAUUCAACUGGAAAAUGGGACUGAGAUUGGUUGGUUUUCCUGCCCAACUAUGAGCUGCCAUCUGGGUUGGAACGAGCAUUUUUUGGCUGACAUAACGUUUAUGACAAAGGUGUCUGUUGAUGAUCCGAACUUAGAUGUCUACCCCAAUGGGACUUUGGCCAUCAAGAAAGUCCUCCCCAUCUAUGAUGGAAGAUACUUCAUCAUGCGGGUACACCUAAAAAAUAGAACAAGCAAGGCCUACAGUUCCCAAAUUAAAAUUGAUAAAGGUGAUGUGUACAUCUUGAUUAUUUUGCUCUCAGUAAAUUCUGUCUCCAAGCAUCCUUCUGCUUUCAUAUCUGUAACUUCUUCACCAAUAUUAAUAAUUUUCUUCUUAUUUCCAGAGCCCCCAACAAUGACACUAAUCAGUCAGCAAAAUAUUCAUGUGUAUGUAGGGAUGGACCUUCAUUUAGAAGCUGAAGUAAGAGCGUACCCCUAUCCAAGGGUUUCUUUGAUCCAUGUCGUGUGGACAGAACAACAUGUUGUAAAGAACAUAUCCAAUGAUUUUAGUUCUUCUGAAAUAAAGCUGAAGGUUCCAAACAUUACAAAAUCCGGUGAUGGUUCCUACAUUAUAUUCGCUGAGAAUGCACUUGGAAAUCAUAAUCUUACUGUGAGAGUUUAUGUGCAAGAUCUUUCAUGUUCAAUAUCGACAUGUACAACUCCAACAGAUCUUCCAAGUUCAACACUGACAACUCCAACAGAUAACCCAGGAGAUCAAGAAUGUUAUACCUACAAAGUGCACUUUUACGUAUGCUUAGCGUUCUUGUCACUUGUUAUAGUUACUAUAAUUUUUCUAAAGCGUAGAACGCUAUUGUCUUUCGUGACACGUACCUGCCGUGCCCAGGUUAUCAACCAGCGGAAUAUCAAUUUGCAUGUCUAGAACUUAUCAGCUGUCAUUGGUCAAGAAAUUUUGCUUUGGGAAUACCU